AUGGCUUCCAGCCCUGGUGGAUCCAUAGGCCGAGGUGCAGGCAGGGCUCAGGGCAGCGCACCAGGUUCUCCACCACGACCUAUGGAGGGGCGAGUAGGGGAUGGACCUGGAGGAGCCGGCGCGUGCUUCGUUGGGGGGUUGCUUACCGUACUGGCACCGACCUCUCGUCGCUCUUUCCGUUACGACGGCGCUCGACCCCCUCCUUCGGGGCAGACGCAGCCGGAGAGUGGCAGUGAGGAGGAGGAUGAGGAGGAGGAUGGUGAGGGCGAGAAGGAUGAGGACAAUGAGGGUAGCGGGGAUGACAGUGAGGCCGGGUGGGACCCAGAGACACAUGGCGGUGGGGAGGGGGGAGAUGAUGAUGAUGAAGACCACGAGAUGGAUGGGUUGGAGCCAGAGGGGCGGGAGGAGGAGGUGGGAGAGGGUGGUGGAAGGGCGGCGACAGAGGCGGGAUCACAGCAUGUGCGUGAAGGGUGUGGGAGCGUGGGGGUUAAGGUGGGGGGGAGAAAGGCCGCGACCAUUAGGGAGCCGAGGCUGAGGAAGAGGGCGAACAAGUUGAGGGAGCGGGCGUAUCCCUGCACGUUCACUGGGGAGCCCUUGGGCGAGGGUGUGAUCGCUCCGGAGUUCCUAGACGAUGACGGAGGGUCCGAGAGUAGUAAGGGGACUGGCAAGGGCGGGAUCGAGCGGUUCAUGACAUCCAAACUGACCUCGGUGCAGCUACGGCAGGCGAUCACGAAGCUGGUGGUCACCUGCGACCUCUCCUUCCGCAUCGUCGAGGCCGAGGCUUUUCGGGAGCUUUUGAUCCUGCUAAACCGCAACUGCGCGCAGAAGAACUUCAUCCCCUCGCGCUGGACGGUUUCCCGCGACACUGUGGUCUAUGCGGCUGCCGCUCUUCAGUCAGCCAUUGCGGAGAUGCUGGCGAAGGAGGGGGAGCUGGGGUGCAGGGUGUCGUACACCAUCGACAUGUGGACAGCGCCCAACAACAGGGCGUGGCUAGUGGUAACUGGUCACUGGGUGGACGAGAAUUUCCAGCCCCGCACAAUGGUGUUUGAGUUCCGCGAGAUUCACGGGCGGCACACGGGCAAGCAGAUGGCGAGGGUGGUUGAGGAGACGGUGGUGCAGUGGGGGUUGGAGACGCGUUGUCUUGGUUUCACCUCUGACAACGCCUCUAGCAACACUGCCGCUUUCAGGUGGAUGUCGGAGGAGGGUGGUGGCCAGUGCUUCUUCAGCUCGCGCAUGCACUUCCGGUGCUUGGCACACGUGAUCAACCUUGCAGUGAAGGCCGCUCUCGCUGUGACCACCAUCCGCAAGUUGUUGAAGAUUCUGAGAGAGAUGGCGUCGUGGAUAGGCUACUCGCCGCAGCGCUCAGGGAAGUUCUUGGGCCUUCAGCAGACCCUGAACACGCAGGCCAACCCUGCCAAACCGAAGCCGGCAUUGAAGCUGGUGCAGGACAGUCCCACGCGCUGGGGGUCGACCCACAACAUGGUCGAGCGAGCUGAGGUUCUGCAGGAACCCAUCUCUGUCUUCUUUGCCCAGACACAGGGCUUGUCGAAGGCUGACAGGGCGAAGGUGGAGACCCUGCGCCUGACGGACGCAGACUGGGAGACUCUGCAUGCUAUCAAGACGUUCCUCAGCCCAUUCGCCAAAGUCUCAAAGGCGGCGGAGGGAACGGCGUACCCUACAGUGGCGAUGGUGCUGCCGUACUACAACGGCCUGAUCGACGCUAUGGAGUCGCGCCUAGCCAAGGGGCCAUCGGCUACGCUGAAGCCGAUGAUUGAGGCGGCGCUGGGCGAGGUGAUCCAGCUGGUACGCACACGCGUGACCGAGUACCAGGCCCGGGCUGCAGCGCUUGCACCUCGGCCGACCCCACUUGCCACAGUGACGGAGGAUGAGGAGGGGGAGGCGGCGGAUAACGACGAAGACGCGCAGUUUCUCCCUAGUCGCCGACGACUUGCGGCGCGUCUGUCAGCCAGCCAGGAGGCGGGGAGGGGUGGGAUGGUGCAGGAUGACGAGGUCAGCAGGUACUUAUCUGAGAGGGUGCGGUGCGACGUGUCACCGUUGGAGUAUUGGCGCAACGCCACCAACAUGCAGACGCUGAGGCGCAUGGCCCGGGAUUAUCUCGCCAUCCCUGCCACGUCCGCGUCGAGCGAGCGCGUGUUCUCCCUCGGCCGCAACCUCAUUUCCUGGAAGCGGCACCGCCUAGCCUCUCAGAGGGCGCGAGCUGUCAUGGUUCUCCGAUCAUGGUACACCUCACACCCUGGAGAGAGGAUAGGCGAGGGCCGCCGUGCAAAAGGCGUCGCACCACCAGAGUUCGCCAUUGAAGGCGAGGGGGAGGAUGAGGAGGAGGAGGAGGAGGAGGAGGAGGAGGAGGAGGAGGAGGAGGAGGAGGAGGAGGGGGAGGAGGAGCAGGAGGGGGUGGGUGCUGGCGACACCACUGACGCGGAGGAGCACGGUGUUGUUGGUAGUAGCAGUGGUGUUCAGGCCGACACGUCGUCCGCCUUCCCGCCCUUCGAAACGUAUUUUCGCCAUUCCCUCCCCGAGUCCCCCGUUCGCCGCAACCCCUAUGCUGUCGCGCGACUCCACACGUCACCCGCGCGCCACGCGUCCGACAUAGACACGCGCUCCCACCGCGCCGUCACCUUUCCCUCCCACCCGCCGUCCUCUCUCACGUCGCCUAGUGAGCGGGAGUUG